AGGGCCGGUUGUAGGGAGGAGGGAAAGGAGAGGGAGAAGGGGGAGGAGACGUCCCCAGCCCAGUCCCCGGCUGAGCGCUGGCGGUCGGUGCGGCGUCAGGUGCGCCCGCCAGGUGAGCGCGCUCCCUGGCUCCGUUGGCCCCCGGCGGGUCGGGCCCAGUUGCGGCGAGUGGAUUGGUUUAUCUUGGAAGCUAAAGGGCAUUGCUCAUCCUGAAGAUCAGCUGACCAUUGACAAUCAGCUAUGUCAUCCAGGCCUCUUGAAAGUCCACCUCCUUACAGGCCUGAUGAAUUCAAACCGAAUCAUUAUGCACCAAGCAAUGACAUAUAUGGUGGAGAGAUGCAUGUUCGACCAAUGCUCUCUCAGCCAGCAUACUCUUUUUACCCAGAAGAUGAAAUUCUUCACUUCUACAAAUGGACCUCUCCUCCAGGAGUGAUUCGGAUUCUGUCUAUGCUCAUUAUUGUGAUGUGCAUUGCCAUCUUUGCCUGUGUGGCCUCCACGCUUGCCUGGGACAGAGGCUAUGGAACUUCCCUUUUAGGAGGUAGUGUAGGCUACCCUUAUGGAGGAAGUGGCUUUGGUAGCUACGGAAGUGGCUAUGGCUAUGGCUAUGGUUAUGGCUAUGGCUACGGAGGCUAUACAGACCCAAGAGCAGCAAAGGGCUUCAUGUUGGCCAUGGCUGCCUUUUGUUUCAUUGCCGCGUUGGUGAUCUUUGUUACCAGUGUUAUAAGAUCUGAAAUGUCCAGAACAAGAAGAUACUACUUAAGUGUGAUAAUAGUGAGUGCUAUCCUGGGCAUCAUGGUGUUUAUUGCCACAAUUGUCUAUAUAAUGGGAGUGAACCCAACUGCUCAGUCUUCUGGAUCUCUGUAUGGUUCACAAAUAUAUGCCCUCUGCAACCAAUUUUAUACACCUGCAGCUACUGGACUCUACGUGGAUCAGUAUUUGUAUCACUACUGUGUUGUGGAUCCCCAGGAGGCCAUUGCCAUUGUACUGGGGUUCAUGAUUAUUGUGGCUUUUGCUUUAAUAAUUUUCUUUGCUGUGAAAACUCGAAGAAAGAUGGACAGGUAUGACAAGUCCAAUAUUUUGUGGGACAAGGAACACAUUUAUGAUGAGCAGCCCCCCAAUGUCGAGGAGUGGGUUAAAAAUGUGUCUGCAGGCACACAGGACGUGCCUUCACCCCCAUCUGACUAUGUGGAAAGAGUUGACAGUCCCAUGGCAUACUCUUCCAAUGGCAAAGUGAAUGACAAGCGGUUUUAUCCAGAGUCUUCCUAUAAAUCCACGCCGGUUCCUGAAGUGGUUCAGGAGCUUCCAUUGACUUCGCCUGUGGAUGACUUCAGGCAGCCUCGUUACAGCAGCAGUGGUAACUUUGAGACACCUUCAAAAAGAGCACCUGCAAAGGGAAGAGCAGGAAGGUCAAAGAGAACAGAGCAAGAUCACUAUGAGACAGACUACACAACUGGCGGCGAGUCCUGUGAUGAGCUGGAGGAGGACUGGAUCAGGGAAUAUCCACCUAUCACUUCAGAUCAACAAAGACAACUGUACAAGAGGAAUUUUGACACUGGCCUACAGGAAUACAAGAGCUUACAAUCAGAACUUGAUGAGAUCAAUAAAGAACUCUCCCGUUUGGAUAAAGAAUUAGAUGACUAUAGAGAAGAAAGUGAAGAGUACAUGGCUGCUGCUGAUGAAUACAAUAGACUGAAGCAAGUGAAGGGAUCUGCAGAUUACAAAAGUAAGAAGAAUCAUUGCAAGCAGUUAAAGAGCAAAUUGUCACACAUCAAAAAGAUGGUUGGAGACUAUGAUAGACAGAAAACAUAGAAGGCUGAUGCCAAGUUGUUUGAGAAAUUAAGUAUCUGACAUCUCUGCAAUCUUCUCAGAAGGCAAAUGACUUUGGACCAUAACCCAGGAAGCCAAACCUCUGUGAGCAUCACAAAGUUUUGGUUGCUUUAAUAUCAUCAGUAUUGAAGCAUUUUAUAAAUAGCUUUUGAUAAUCAACUGGGCUGAACACUCCAAUUAACGAUUUUAUGCUUUAAACAUUGGUUCUUGUAUUAAGAAUGAAAUACCGUUUGAGGUUUUUAAGGCUUAAAGGAAGGUUCUGGUGUGAACUAAACUUUCACACCCCAGACGAUGUCUUCAUACCUACAUGUAUUUGUUUGCAUAGGUGAUCUCAUUUAAUCCUCUCAACCACCUUUCAGAUAACUGUUAUUUAUAAUCACUUUUUUCCACAUAAGGAAACUGGGUUCCUGCAAUGAAGUCUCUGAAGUGAAACUGCUUGUUUCCUCGCACACACUUUUGGUUAAGUCUGUUUUAUGACUUCAUUAAUAAUAAAUUCCCUGGCCUUUCAUAUUUUAGCUACUAUAUAUGUGAUGAUCUACCAGCCUCCCUAUUUUUUUUCUGUUAUAUAAAUGGUUAAAAGAGGUUUUUCUUAAAUAAUAAAGAUCAUGUAAAAGUAACAAAUGUGUGAAAUUUAAAGAUUGUAAAUAUAUAUUUACUUUUUUAAGAUCAAAGUUUAAACCCGGUGGUUAGAAUUUUGUGUGUUUUUAAAUACUUUUUAUCUUUUUGCAUGCCUUUUUUUAAAAACCAACUAGAACUUUUCAUUAUAUCAGAAUAUCUGAUUACAUUUAUAAUUCAAUUGUGACUUGAACUGUAUCUUACAGGAAUGUUCAAUUUCUAUACAUAUUUUAUAAGGUAUUAAACCUGGUGUUUUCUUUCCAUAAUAACCUGUUUGAUGUUAUUAGUGCUGUUAACAUACAGCAAUGGAAAACCACACUCAGGAGUUGUAUCUGUUGUUGUUUAUACUCCUUUGGGUGCUGUGCUGGUUAGUCGUUUCCCAUUCCUUUGGCUGUAAGAAUGCUGAUAUGUCUGGGAAUAGAAUGCUAUACCACGAAAUACCAAAUAAUUCCAAAUGGUGCCCUUAAAUUUUAUCACUUUUUUAAAAAUUCAGAUUCUUAUUAGUAAAAUUAGUUGAUAGCACUGUGCUGACCAAGUUGAUUGUGAUCAUCCCAGCUUAGACUUUUCUAAAAACUUUUUUUUAGAAUAAUCUAUAAACUGAACUUUAGUAUGCAUUUCAGAUAUUUAGGUAUAUAAUUUUUUUUUUUUUUUUUUUGAGACAGAGUCUCACUCUCACCCAGGCUGGAAUGCAGUGGCGCUAUCUUGGCUCACUGCAACCUCCACCUCCCGGGUUCAAGCGAUUCUCUUGCCUCAGCCUCUCGAGUAGCUGGGACUACAGGUGCCCAUCACCAUGCCCGGCUAAUUUUUGUAUUUUUAAUAGAGACGGGGUUUUACCAUAUUGGCCAGGUUGGUCUUGAACUCCUGACCUUGUGGUCUGCCUGCCUCGGCCUCCCAAAGUGCUGGGAUUACAGGCGUGAGCCACCAUGCCUGGCCUAAGUGUGUGUGUGUGUAUUUUUUUUUUUUUUUUUUUUUUGAGAUGGAGUUUUGCUCUUGUUGAACAGGCUGGAGUGCAAUGUCGCGAUCUCAGCUCACCACAACCUCCGCCUCCCAGGUUCAAACAAUUCUCCUGCCUCGGCCUCCCGAGUAGCUGGGAUUACAGGCAUGCGCCACCACGCCUGGCUAAUUUUUUUUUGUAUUUUUAGUAGAGAUGGGGUUUCUCCAUGUUGGUCAGGCUGGUCUCGAACUCCUGACCUCAGGUGAUCCAUCCACCUCGGCCUCCCAAAGUGCUGGGAUUAGAGGCGUGAGCCACUGCGCCCGGCCUAUAAUUUUUGAUAGAUGAUUUUGAAUUAUUUUCCGGAGAUAAAAUUUUAAAUGUUUCCAUUAUAUCACUGAUUUAUUUCUGCAAAUUGAAUAAAUUCUUAAUUUUCUGCAUGCACAUAAUACAAAAGGUAUUUUCAUAGCUUUUGGAUUUAUACCAAAUGAAAAGGACUCUCUUGAUGAGCACCUUUAACUGAUUUUUCUGUGUUAAAUUUUUAACAAUUUGUUCUUGGAAGUCAGUUCGUGAAGGCAAGUUUGUCAGUAUUUUCACAAAACUAUUCAGCUGAAUCCAGAAAGUGAAACAGCAAGAAUUUGCAUUGUAAAAUUGUGUUAUAAAAUUGGACUUUGAAAUUUCAAAAAUAAGAAAAAUUUUCAUGUGUAUUUAUACUAAAUACCGUUUUAGGAAACUAGGAUCAGGGUGUUUCUGUUGGCGUUGGCAUUAAAUAGCUGGAUGUAAAUUUGAAAAGCCACUCAAGCAUUGUUUCCUAGUCUAGAAAGUCAGAGGUUUAGAUUAGAUUUCCGACAUCCCUUCCAUUUCUGACCUGUAGUUCUUGUCUGGAAUUCUGCUUUGUUAUAAACUAUUGUUCUAAGGAGUUUGUUGUGAUAGCACAUAGUUCAUUUUGUAAAGAUUCCCUGUGUAUAAAGUGAUGCCCUACAUAUGUGAUUUUGUAUUAAAAGUAUAUAGGAUCAUUAUUUUAUUUUGAAAAAUUUAAAUACAGAAAAGUAUAAAAUAUAAGUACCAUCCGCCCAGAAAUAACAUGUGUUAAUGUUUUGUCAUAUGUGCUUUAUAUUUUUUGAAAUAAAGUGAAGUCAACUAGUAUUUAUAGUAAAUAAGUUACAUACACAUAAGUACAUAUAUGAUAUUUAAUCCUCACAACGAUCUUUUGACAUGUGACCAUUUCUUAUUCUUCUUUUAUAGACAAGGAACUAAUGAUAUGAUAGAUUAACUGGCUGUUGUCACACUAGCAAGUGGCAAAACAAGGGAUUAGGAUCUUAGUCUCUUCAACUGUUAGAUUCUAUACUUCCAUCCUGUGUUGACUUUGUUAAUGGAUUGGAUAAUGUGAGAUCACUCUGAUGUAAAUAAAGUAUCCUAUAUUAAUUUCGAGUGCAUUUUAAGUACUUGUAACAUAAAUGCUUCCUGUGAAAUAUCUGUAAAGACCUGAAUGGGUACAUGUGUGUAAAGAAGAAUCAGGGCAGAAAAGUGCUUUUAUCGUGGCUCCGGGGACCUUAGCUUCAGUUGGUGUUGUGAGAAUUCCUCACACAAGGACAUUCUCCUUGCUUCAGCAUCAGGAUGGAAGUGUUUCUCAUCUGGACUUUUUCAAAGACUCAGCUGGAGGAAUCAGAAUUCAUAAUUUCCUGGCAGCUCAUGAUUCUGCUACACUACACCAUGCCAUCUCUUGUGUGAAAGGACAGAUUUGAUGGAGGACUAUGUCAUCCCUCAUGCGUUUCUUAUUGUCUACAUUUAUUCUAAUGGGAAGAAGUGAGCAAAAACACCUCAAUAAUUUGGGUAGUUUUUAGAAAACCUUGUUAGUAAAUUAGAAUAGUGCCACUUUGGCAUUAUGAGAAAGAAGCAUGGAUACAUAACUAGGGUUUUGUGUAUGACUACAACGAAAUGCAGAAUGGUGUCUCCAAAAGGUUUCCAGUUGCUGCCACAAGACCUGCUUGGUAUUGCCUACAUGUGUUGUCCUAUUUUUGCUUUGCCCUUCUGCAGUUACUUGCUGUGGGACCUUGGAGAAAUUAACUUAGCCUCUCUGUACUUCAGUUUUUUGUAUUUGUAAAAUAUAUUUGUAAUAAUCUCA